AUAGAGCCACUCAGUGGCUAUGAUCUCUUGACGGGCUUUGUGUGUGUGUGUGUUUCAGUUGCGGUUUUUUUUUUUGUUGCGAAGCGGUAGGCGUAUGGACUUGGCAUCACUUGCACGUUGCGCCGCUUCACCGUUUUUUUUAGUUGCUUUUAAGUUUUAACCAUGCUGAAGAAUAAUGGGAAAAAGACAGCGAUCUCUGUCGCCUGCACGGGAUGCCUCUGCCUGCUGCUGCUGCUGGUGGUCGCUGUGCAUCAGCACCGCGUUCAGGUGACGGAGGGGACGGACGGAGAGGACGCAGCCGCGCGCUCUGCGCCGGAGGAGAGCGCACGACGCGCCCCGGACAAAAAGGGAUUCUCGACCUACUUCACCAAGCUGACCCGGGGACGGAGGGAGGUGGAGAAACCACCUCGGACCUCAGCCGCCGCUUUGGACCCUCCUCCGGCUGAGGACAUCAGCGCGGCGGACAUCUUCAUCGCCGUGAAGACCACCAAGAAGUUCCACCAGUCCAGACUGAACCUGCUGCUGGAGACGUGGAUCUCCAGAAACAUGCAACAGACUUACAUCUUCACAGACGGCGAGGACGAUGAGCUGAAGAAGAAAAUCGGAAGUCAUGCAAUCAACACCAACUGCUCUGCAGCUCACAGCCGGCAAGCUCUGUCCUGCAAGAUGGCGGUGGAAUACGACAAGUUUAUCGAGUCGGGGAAAAAAUGGUUCUGUCACGUAGACGACGAUAACUACGUGAAUGUCCGGACCCUUGUCAAGCACCUGUCUCAGUACCCCCACACCCAGGACUUGUACAUCGGCAAACCCAGUCUGGACCGGCCAAUAGAGGCCACAGAGAGGCUGGGCGACAACAAAAUGAAACCGGUCAACUUUUGGUUUGCGACGGGAGGAGCUGGCUUCUGUGUGAGCCGGGGUCUGGCACUGAAGAUGAGCCCGUGGGCCAGUGGCGGUCACUUCAUGAACACGGCAGAGAAGAUCCGCCUGCCUGAUGACUGCACCAUCGGCUACAUCAUUGAGUCGGUGCUGGGGGUCCCUCUGACCCGAAGCAGCUUGUUUCACUCCCACCUGGAAAACCUGCAACAGGUGUCCCGAUCUGAGGUUAACAAGCAGAUCACUCUCAGUUAUGGGAUGUUUGAAAACAAGAGCAAUAUCAUCAGCUUGAAAGGGGCUUUUCCUGUGGAGGAGGAUCCAUCAAGGUUCAGGUCUGUGCACUGUCUGCUGUAUCCAGACACUCCGUGGUGUCCCCCUCAGGUUGCCUUCUAGGGCGACCGCUCCUUUCUCAUCCUCGUCCCCGUCCAGCCUCGGUAUCUGAAAGGCUCAUGGGGACCAGUGUUUCUCGUAUGAGACCGUGUUGCUGCUGCGUUCUCGCUGCAGCUGUUUGCGGUCUCUUAUGGUUUUUACUAGGCUGCUGUGCGGCCCAUCUUUUGGACUCUUUUCUUCCUCUCUGGGGCCACAACCUUAUCCCAAAAUGCUUGGGGCGGAGGAUUUCAGCUCUCGGAAGGAAGUAGCUUUCGCCAUUUAGCUUUGCAGGCAAUCAGUUGUGCUUUUGUGAUGUAAAUGUUGCUUGUAAAUGCAUAAGCAAUUCUCAUAGAAUGUAUUCCUUUGUAUUCAAGCCUAUUGCCAGCUAUCUUUUUUUUUUUUUUUCCAGUUAAAAACUGUAAUGCCACUCAGGUCUAUGUUUGGCUUUGAGAUCUUUUAUCGCCUGAACCUUUUUUUUUUUUCUCCCCCUGACAUUUGUGUUCAGUUCUAGUCCAGAUGACUCCGGAUUUAUGCUCUGAGAUGAAGAUUUUGCUGUAAUUUCACAUGAACAGUGUUACUUUUCCCACAACCUGAGCUGGCAGUCGGCAGAUUUCCAAAUUUGUCUUUGAGGGACCUAAUCUGAAGUAUGUCAGAACAAAGCACUUUGCCCCCCUGUAUUUUUUGUAAAAAAAAAAAAUAGACACAUUUUAUGAUUAACUCGCUGAGUUUACGUCCUUUCAUGACAUACUUCAGAUUUGAGUCCCUGCAAAACAAAAAACAACCCCCUAAGAAUCGAAUUUCCCUAUUCAUUUCUAUGUAUUUUAUAAACACUCCUUGCAUUAGUUACAAUCAGGGAAAAGCAAUGAGUGGAAGAGAUUGUGUUUCAAGGGGGUGGUUAGAAUCCACUUAGAAAAAUGUUUUGUGUCGUUUAAAAGUUGCACAGCUGUGUUUCAAAUGACCUGGCGUCUGCAUCUCACCUCUAGUCCACAGACCCCCCUCAUGCUGGAGAAUGACUGGCCUAAACAGCCAAGAAACACUAACAUCUGCUCUUAUAAUCUGAGCACCAGUCUAUUAUGGCUUUCACAAAAAGAACUGAGGGUUUACCUGUUAUCAGCAACACCAUUGGUCCUUAUUUACACAUAAAUCCAGCUGGUUAUUGUUGAGGCCUGCGAGGUGAGAGCAGCGUCAGCGUUUCCACAUGGAGGGGUUUUGAUCCCUCUGUGUCCUCUCUCACCCAUAUUGGGUUUCAUCUUUAUGGCGGUAUUGUAUACCGCCCCUUUUGUUUAAAAGAGUAGGGAUUGUGUAUGCUUAGAAUGUAAUUUUCUCAUUGUGGUUUUACACCACUUUUAAAUGACCUGGCCAGGAUAUGUUUUAUUUUUAUUUUUUUUUUUUUUUUUUGGCAUUGCUUUGAACUGUACAACAUGACUGGUGUUUAUUCUCCAGUAUCUGGAGGGUUUUAACAGUUCAUUCCCACAUCUGACUUCUCAGGGAUUAUGAGCUGAUCCUGGUAUUAACCGCCAAGGGAACCAAGGCGGGACCCGAAAAGUUAAAUAAAAAGGCAUAACCACUGGGAACGUUUUAUAUAUUUGUCCUGUUUUCAUUUGUAUUCCUUCAGAGUUUAUGUCGAGUUGCAUUUUUUGACUAGCUUCAGUCAAAUAGAAAGUUUCAUAGAAACACGUGAGCAGAGUGCUAAAUUACAAGUGGUAUCUCGCACUCAUAGGGAAGCUGUAAAGUAAAAUAUAAUAUAUUUAAAAUAUUUUUAUAUACUUGUGCUUGAUAUGCAGUUGCUACUUCUGGUUAUGUAUUUAGCCAGACUAUAGUUAAUUUGCCAUUAGACAUUUUAUUGAAAACAACAUUUAAUGAACUUAAAGGAGCAGUAUUUUGAAAUUAAUCACAUCUAGUGGUCAAGGUGGAAACAGCAGGUUUGUUAAUAAAUGGAAAACCAUUUAUUAAAAUAAGUUACAUGUAAAGUAGUAACCAUUUGGAGGAAAUAAAAAUUAUUUUUCUGUUUGAAA